GAUACGUCAUUAUAUUUGGGCGGAGCUUCAGAACACAGGCAGAGAGUGAGGUCUUUUCCGUUGUUUUACACACGUUUUAACGGUAAUGUUUAAGACACCGUAAAUAAAUGGUUGCAAUGGCUUGUAUUUUUACUUAUUAGUUAAGUGUUAUAAUACAGCAUUUACGCUGUGUGCAAAUCAUACACCGAUCACGAUCAGUCUAUUGUACGUGCUAGUAAGCAUAUUUGUGCUAAACACAAUGAGUAGUAAAGGCAAGAAAAACAACUGUAAAUUCUCAUUUUCUGAGUUGGAUAUACUUAUCACUGGAGUGACAAAUUAUUAUCAUAAACUUUUCGGAAAAGGCAGGUCAUAUACAACUUCCAUAGAACGAUCUGCAUUCUGGACAGAAAUGACACAUAAAGUGAAUUCUGUGUCGAACGUUAAGAGAAGCAGAAAACAAGUAAGACACCGAUGGGAUGACCUAAAAAGGGUUCUUGUUAGAAGAAUAGUCAAGCAGGGUACACCCCCGGGUGUUAAUGCCGUCUUUGAAGAACUAAAGAAAACUAAAACGAAUAAUGAUCGCAGAUUAAACAAGACCGACGCGAGUUUUGAUGUUAGCUGUGCUGUGGAAGAAUACCCGUAUCCUGCAGCAGGUACAACAACUGCCAUUCCACAUUAUGACAUAGAAUGGGAGAACAGAAGCGAAUCAGAAUCGGAUGAAACCGUGGCAGGAGUCCAGAAAAGAAGAACUUGUAAAUUCUCCGAUUUUGAGUUAGAUACACUUGUGACAGAAAUAUCAAACAAUUACAAAGCACUCUUUGGAGAGGAAAGAUCAGUUACGUGCUUAAGCGAAAGGACAAGAAUCUGGAGUCAAAUAACAGAUAAAGUCAAUUCUGUGUCUGCCAUCAGACGAAGUGAAAAACAAGUAAAACACAGAUGGGAUGACCUCAAAAGGCGGUCCGUCUGUCUGUUAAAUCUGAAGAAGCACCCAAAAGUUAAAACAGCUAAUGUGGAGAUGAACAUUAUUGAAAGAAGAGUUGUAGCUAUUGUGUAUCCUGAGUGCCUCCCACUUCUUGACGAACUUGGAUCUGCAGAGUCAAACACACAAAAUGAAUUUCCAGAAGUGUUUGUAGAAGUUCUAGCUGAUGAUGAGCCAGACAAAGUUGAAGAAAGUCACACUGGACCAAUCAUAAUUGUCCAGCCCCAUGAAUCUUCUCUCCUGGAGGAUUUUACUCCAAGGAUUGUGGGCCCACCCUUUUCAUUGGCACCCUGUUCGCUUUCACAGGAUCAGCACAUGGAACAGGGACACCCUCCGCUGCUGGAUGAAGCGUUGCAGGAUAAGAAAGAGCCACACCAUUAUAUAUAUUAUGGUGAAACUAAUGAGACUGUUGUUAGCCAUGUUAGUGAAGGGAACCAGGUUACUAAUACAGGUUUAUCCGAGCUUAGUAACCAGGUUGCACUACUGGCAAAUCAGAUAGGUCAACUAACAAACCAGGUUGGUGAGCUUGGACGAAUUAUGAUGCAGAGGAACAAUAGUGAGCAGUUUCAAAUGGAACAGAUGACUGUUAAUCAAAACAUUUCAGCCACGCUAAGUCUCCUCACCGCGGUUAUUGCCUCUGGGGCUUUCUCAACAGCCCGUGUAGUUUCUGAUAGCAGUACACAGACUGUUUCCCCUAUUGCAACAACAUGUAAGGACCCAGAGUGCCAGACGUCACCAACAGUAGAAUAAUCCAGAACGGCUGCCUCUUCUAGUGCCAAAAUGUUUCACGCGUAUUGAAAAAUGUGAAAGGCCUUACUCAAAACUAUCAUGUUGAGUUUUAAACAAUACUAUGGAUAGUAGUGGCGUGUUGUUUAUUCAAAGUGAUAUCUGCAUCUGGUCGCGUACCUGCGGAUGACCUGGAAGUUUUUCGCAGUUUGCGGUUCGGGUGCAGGUCAAAUAAAUGUACAUUUCGGGUCUGAAUUUGAAUAACCAAAAAUGUUUUCUGUCAUUUUAGGGUACUCUUCUCUUACCCUUUCCCAAAUAACAUAUUAGAAAGUAAAUGUACAAGUAUUUCCUGCACUAAAGCAGGAUGCGAUUAGGGAAGAGUCAGCUGACUAAGCCGUGUUCGCGCUUGUUUGAUAUGUCGCAAGAUGCUUUAACCAUGUCUGCUUGGUGAUAUUAAAAAUGUUUGUGGAUGAGGUGAAACAAAAGAUAGCGCAGGGUUUAUGUCAUGUAGUUCGAGAGGUAAAUCAGAAGUGAGGAAUUCUUUUGGAAUCAUAGUGAAUGAAAAUAACGAACAUGUGACUGGAUUCGUUGCUUGUAAAACUGCGUUGCUUGUCAUUAUGUCUUUGUGAACACCAGCCACAAAACUGGUACAUCUCUGCGAAAGCACAGGUGUAGCUCCCUUUCAACUGGUGGCACGAAAGGAAUAGACAGGUAUUUUAUAGUAAAGUAGAGAUAGUUAAUAUGUUACAGUGUUAAAAUAUAUCUAGACCACUAGAGAAAGCUACCACGCUGUAUAGCCUAUUGUAUAAACUCGAUCUGUGGAGAAUGGUAGAUAUAUCUGUAUCAAUGGGAAUGUGAGAGCCAGUCGGUGCAGGCAAUAAGUAAAGGACAAACACUUGCGUGUUCGGGUCGUGUUGCAGGUCUUAUUAAAGCGGGUCGGGUCAGGUUGCGGGUUCGAGUCGGGUCCUGUAGUAGCGGGUUUGUUUACAGUAAAAUCAAAAUAAUUGCCAGGUUUAUUAAAAGUCAGGGAGUUGAUCUUUAGGGGUACAACAUGAGAUAACAUAAAA